AUGAACGACCUUUACAGGAAGAAGAGUCACAUCUGGAACUUCUCUUUCCCCAAACUCCGCCACAGACGCGAUUCUGAACAAUCCAGAACCCCUACGACUCCCAGCGAUGACCAAAAGUCUGUAGGCUCAGAAGUCUGGGUCGACACAGUCGAGGAUCAUCGCGACGGAAUUUACAGAUACUCGGAGCUUUACCUCCAAGGAGAAUCAUCAUUCGACAUGAAUCAAAACGAUACCCAAGACGAGAACGAGGAGGGUGUUGUGUUGAAACGACAUUCCGGUCCAUAUAGGGUUAGCAGUGAGGAAUGGGUAUUAGCUGUGACUCCGAGCUCACCAUCGCCAUCUCCAACUUAUGGAGCAUCCCGGUUGACAUCCCAGGUACUGUCCCUGGAUGACUUGACCGAGGCUCAAAUCACCAUGCAUUUCAAGGAUGCGCUUAAGAUUUUCGCUCAGGUUUAUGCCAUCUCAAAGAUUGUGCAGAUAGCAUUUCUGGGCUACGGUAUCGAGCUCGACACCUCGGAGACGGGCCUCAUGUACUGGAUCGAGCAAGCCGAGACCAACAUCCGGACUGAUUCCCUCGCCGAGCUUAUCACUAUCAUUGAGCACCUCUUCUAUGCUCUCUAUUCACGACUCAAACUCGAGAUGGCAGGAAUCGAGCUGUGUGCCCUGUUCAAAUUGGAAGUUCGUCCGGCGACGACGAAAGACCGUCAGUUCUACAUGCCCGAUCCUAACCAUAUGUAUCGCCUCUUUCUCUUGUUCAAGGAUAUCCUCGACUCACCAGGUAUCUGCGAAGAGCGUGAUAACAAUCUUGUUGCCAAGUUCAUGGAAGGCUACGUGCGGAUGCUUAUCUGCAAAGAUGCCCGACAGGGACCGUUCAUCAACGAUGAUAUCCUGGGAUACCGCCGAUACGCCUACAGCAUUGUUAACAACCGACAUUCUUCCUAUCGCAAGAAAUGGGACAGUCUCAUUACCAACUUCCCCGACUUCCCGCCUGAGACCAUGACUGUGCUUUCCGAGAGAUACUUCACCAUGGUCCCCAAGCAUGUGCCGGAGAGCGAUAUCGCCUUAAAAGACCUUCCUUUUACUAAUCUGGAAAUGAUCGAUCCAGUCAUCCGCGAGAGGGAAAUCAUCCUCGACCACCGCCUCGGCACGCUGGCUAAGCUAGAAGGAAAAUGUGUCGGAGAAUGCCGCCAUGAGGACCAGAAUAUUCGUCUUCGCCUGUUGAACGAGGUGAAGCACGCUAAGUGUAUCUGCAAAUCGGUCUGCUUCUGCGCUCGCAAGUGUACUAACGACGUUGAGCGUCGCUGCCCUUGCGCCGAACGUCAGCUCCGUAUGCAGCUCGCCAUUAACAGUAAGCGAACUGGCCGGUUCAACUUCACCACCAGGGUCGACACUGUUGCCGUGGCUGGAUUCCAGGGACUGGCAGCUCUGAAGCCAGACGCCCGUGAGGACGUCAUGCUGCUGGAAAUGAUCGUUAUCUUCAACGCGAUUGCGAUGGAGAUCCAAAAGGAGCGGUCUACUGGUGUAGAGACUAACUGGAUCUGA